ACCUGCGGGGUGGUCCAUGCCCGGGAAGUGGGGAAAUAGAAUUGAUGAGGUGUAUUGUUUCUGUUGAUCAGCAGGGAACUGAGGAAGUGGAUGGUAUUGCUGCUUGUCGGCAGCUGCAAAGUUUCCGCGAGUCGCGGGGAACUGAGAAAGUGGGUGGUAUUGCCACUGGUUGGCAGCAGAAAAGUUUCCGAGAUCAGCGGGGGACUGAGGAAGUGGGUGGUAUUGCAGCUGUUUGGCUGUCUGAAAGUUUCCACGAGCAGCGGCUCGCUCGCGCUUGUGAGCGUUCUGAUGGCCGGCGAGAGCUUGGGAGGUGUCGAAGUUCUGGGGACAGUAGAGGCAAGGAAAACGUAGCGGAGAUGAGGUGGUGGACGGAGAUGCUGCAUGCCUGGUGGGUUUGGCUGCAGAAGUCUGGCUCUGGCUCAAGAAGUUGGACAUGGAGGGGUCUGCCAUUGAAGUUGCGGAAAGGGGGAGAAGGUGAUGAAAUGGAGUUGGGUGGUGAGGAGUGGGGGAUGGUGAAGUUUAUUUAUACACACACAGUAAGGAUAGGGGAUGCAGCAAGGAGUGGGAGAUGGUGAAGUUUCUAUCUGCAGAGUAAGGAUAGGUGAUUCGGCAUCCACAAGAAUUGAAGGUGGCAAGGAAAUUUCUUAUAUUGAAUUUGGUUUUAGCGGCAAGGGGUCACCAGGUUAGUUUAAGAAAGUGGCGAAGAAAUGAAAAUUCUUACA